AUGAAAAAAUAUCGUGAAGGCGUAUACGACCAGUACGCCUUAUUCUUUCGUGAGCAGGGGACAGAACACAACUGUAAAAUUCCCCCCGCGCCGCGAACUCUCCAGUAGCCUCCCCUCGCGAGCCACCACGGCCCAAUCUUCCCCGCGGCAAAACCUAGCCAUGGCGAUGCUUCUCUGCCGCUGGAUCCCACUGGUCCGCCUCCUCCGGCCACUGCAGACCGUCGCGGUGGCCUCCACCACCACUCUCGAUUCCAGCGCCGCACAGGAGAUGGUAGCCGCUGCCCGCCUCCUCGCGCGGGCGUCCAGGCAAGGCGCCACCGCGGUGGCGGCGUCCGCUGCGAGGCGCUGGCUCUGCGGCGCGGCGGCUGCCGCAGCUCAGCAGCCGUUCGCAUCCGCCCGCUGCUCGGCCAGGGUCCCAUAUACGUUGAAUCAGCCGUUGAGAUACUCAACAAACAUCUUUCAAAGGUUUGGCUUUUCAUCUUCUACCCCACAAGAGAAUGAUAAGGAGGUAAACCAACCUAAAGACCAGGAAAGUACUGCACAGGAAAUAAAUGCUGAAGCUUCAAAGGAAGACAGUGGCUCAUCUGGAGGUGCAGAAGAAGUUGAUCUUUCAAAGGAGGAUCUAGUGAAGCUAGUUCUUGAGAAGGAUGAAUUAUUGACCUCGAAAGAUGAAGAGAUCGAAGAUAUGAAGGACAAGGUUUUGCGCAGCUAUGCAGAAAUGGAAAAUGUUAUCUCACGGACAAAGCGUGAAUCUGAGAACGCAAAAAAAUUCGCAGUACAGAACUUCUCUAAGAGUUUGUUAGAUGUUGCUGACAAUCUGGCUAGAGCAUCAUCUGCUGUGAAGGAGAGCUUCUCAAAAUUAGAUACAUCUGAAGAUUCUAGUGGAGCUGUACCAUUACUAAAAACCCUACUGGAGGGUGUAGACAUGACGGAUAAGCAACUCGGAGAGGUUUUUAAGAAGUUCGGAGUUGAAAAGUUUGAUCCAUUGAAUGAGAAAUUUGAUCCUGAGAGACAUUAUGCAAUAUUCCAAAUGCCCGAUGCUUCAAAACCAUCAGGAACUGUUGCUGCUGUUGUAAAGGUGGGCUACAUGCUACAUGACCGUGUCCUCCGCCCUGCUGAAGUUGGUGUUACAGAGGGAGGUCCCUCUGAAGAAGACGAGCCAGAGCAGAAAUCUAGUGGAGAUUAGAUUAAAUUAAUUUACUAAUAUACCAGAAGCAAGAAGAGAUAGCUGUUCCUCAUCAGCGAAGGAGCUCGGCGUUUCGGAUGUUUUUUAAAUUGUAAAAGCAAGGCUGUCUUGUUGAAAAUGCUAUCUGUAUGGGUAUACGUUAUACCAUUCCUUAGCAGCGCAACGUUUUUGAGAAUUUUGUAAGGUCAUCUUGAAAGCUUCAAGAACAUAGUCUUUCACAUGAUGUGUGCUCCCCUGGAAAAAUUA